AUGGGGAAUGUAUCCCAGGCUGCCGUGAAAGCCGAGGGAGGGAAUGAUAACGCCCCUGGGCUGUUUAUAUCAUCACUGGCCACAAGGAGGUGCCAGAGGACUGGGAGAACAGCCAAUGAGGUUCCACUUUACAAGAAGGAUGAGAGCGAUAGACCAGGGAACCAUAAACCAGUGAGUCACACAACAGUGGUGAGGAGGAACCUAAUGGAGAAAAUAAUGAGGAGAGAAUUAAUCUCCAUUUGGAGAGCAGCAGAGAGUGAAGAAUUUGCCAUUUACGAUGGGAACCGUGGAAAUGGAACAGUGUUCACUGUUUUCAGUAACAGAACCAUCAGUCAUUCAUCAGGAACUGGUUGGGAGACCAAGAUUAAAGGAGCUACUUCACAUGGACAAGGAACUGCUUCAGGUUACAAAUUGGCCCAGCAAAACCGUUUCAAAAAACUGCAAGAUUACAAGUUUGUAUCCCCAUAUGUCUUAUCAGGGAAACAGAAACGGAGUGUAACUGUCCUUCCACGGAGGAGCCAACCAGAUGACAUCAGCAUUUCGGUGGUGUUAGAUGGAGCAGACAUAAUACUGGAUCUCAAAAAAAAUACAUACCUCAUGACCAAAGAGUUCCAGGUGUCAUACUAUGAAUCAAAUGAGACUGUGGUGACAGAGAAGGAUACUGAACUGUACCAGUGUUACUAUCAGGGAUCUGUGAGAAAAUUCCCUGGAUCCCAGGUCUCUGCAAGCACCUGCUCAGGACUCAGUGCUCUGAUCAUUUUCAGUAAUCAAACUUAUAUCAUUGAACAUAUUGAGGGCGAUGAAGCAGGCCGGCAUGUUUCAUACAGAACUGAAGAUCUCUCUCGAGUGUGGACCAGAUGUGAAAUUAAACACUCCUUCCAGGAGUUAUCUGUCACUGAUCAUUUUCAUUCCCCAAGAAGGGUUAAGCGGGAUAUACUGUCAGAGACCAAAUACCUUGAGGAGGUGCUUGUGGCAGACAAAGCUUUGCUCACAAAACAUGGGAGUAGAGAAGCUACAGUGAGGCAAUUGCUUUCUGUUGCCAAUACAUUGGACUUGUACUUUAGACCGUUGAAUGUUCGUGUUGCUACAGUGGGAGUUCACGUGUGGGAGGUAGACCCAAUCAGAGUGGAUGCGGAUGCUUCGCUCACACUGACUCGAUUUCUCAUCUGGAGGAUAUUUCGGUUAAAUAUUGGAAUUGCGAAUGACAAUGCCCAGCUCCUUGUAGGCCGCACUUUUCAAAAUGGCACAGAUGGAGCCUCAACCAUAAGGAGUAUCUGUAUAGAGUCCAGAUCUGCAGGAGUGAACUCAGCAAACAGUGAUGAUUUAUCCCGUAUUGUUGCGACUGUGGCCCAUUCAAUGGGACACAAUCUCGGAAUGCUGCACGAUGAUGGUCGAACCUGUGCCUGUCCACAACCCUCCUGUCUGAUGAAGGCAGUAAAGAGUGCACCAUGGCCAGUAAGCUACAGUAGCUGUAGCCAAAAUGAUUUUGAGACCUUCCUGCUUCAUGAACAUGGAGUAUGUCUAAGGAAUCAACCGGACUUUCAUAAGCUGGUUGGGGGCCCCGUGUGUGGAAACAUGUUCACAGAGAAAGACGAGCAAUGUGACUGUGGCCAACCUUCGGAGUGUGAAGACGCCUGCUGUGAGGCUGCAACAUGUAAACUCAAACCUGGGGCGCAAUGCUCAUCCACUGAGCUCUGCUGUGAAGACUGUAAGUUUCUUCCACUGGGAACAGUUUGUCGAUCGUUGAGUAGUGAAUGCGACUUGGAAGAGUAUUGUUAUGGGAACUCCUCACACUGUCCCGACAAUGUGUAUCUGAAAGAUGGCUAUGAGUGUAAAAACGGAACGUUUUACUGUAGUGCCGGAGCUUGUCUGUCUGCAGAUAGCAUGUGUGAGGAGAUGUGGGGUACAGGUGCAAAGUCUGCUGAAGACAUUUGUUAUUCAGCUCUAAAUGGGAAAGGAGAUGCAUUUGGACACUGUGGCAGGGAUCAAUAUGAUCAAUUUCAAAGUUGCUCACCUUGGGAUGUAAAGUGUGGAAAAGUCCAGUGUGAUGGUGGAGAAGCACAUCCACUUCAAAUGGAGACAGCAGUUGUCAAAACAGUAAAUGUUUCGGUGAUGGAUGUUAAUUUUGAAUGCAAAACAGCACAUAUCAUGAUGACUGAUUUCACAAUUUCAGAGAUAGUUCAGGAAGGAACAAAGUGUGGAGAACACAAGGCCUGCAAGGAUGGAAAAUGUAUUGAUGCAGGACAGCUUGGUGUUAAACAGUGUGAAAGGAAAUGUAACGGCAGAGGGGUUUGUAACAAUUACAAUCACUGUCACUGUGAAUUGGGCUGGGAUCCUCCAUUCUGUGACAUCGAAGGGGUAGGUGGCAGUGUUGACAGUGGACCCAUGAUGGAGAUCAUACCAGGGGAACAUGAUUCAAAUAGCAUGGGCGCUGCUGCCCUGGCACCGAUUUUGACAAUGUCGAUUAUUACCUACGUUGUCACAAAGUAUCUGGAGAAGAAGAAAGUUAUAUGCACCAAACCGAGUGCAGCGUCUCCAGACAUUCCGAUGACUUGCCAUGUGAGAACCCUUGAUGGCAAGUCGACAAGUUUGGGUGAUUCACAUCUGCACACUGCUGUCUGAACAGCUCGACUCAAUUCUGAUAUCAGCCAGUGGAACUUCAAAGAACCUGCCUUCUUCUACAAAGUCAUAUUAUAGCCCAUGAGUCAUGAUUCUUACAGAGACUCUUUUCUGUAUUAUGUUGUAUGGACAUGUGAAAAUUGGCAUAGGCAAGGAGUAGAUUUAGAGGCAGUUUAUUGAACAGCAUAUGAUUUAAUCUGAACAAAGAGGUAUAGCUCCAGCUGUAGAAGAAAUCACAGCAGAACAAAAAUAUCAGAGGCGUAUGAUAUGUGUGUAUGAGAUGAUCCACUUCAAUUCAUAUUGUAAAAUGGAUCAACUCCACAACAGUUAGUUCAGCAAUAAUUCAAUUGUUUAGCAGUCAUUACAAUAUUCCAACAGAUGAUUUUAUUAUUUUUCUUAAAAAUGUAGCUCUUGAUUAAAAAUUACUCAUUUAUUUAAUUUUAAAAAGUGCAAAAGUUAAAUAGAAAUGUCAAGAGCCUCCUUCACACUAUUUUAAUUGAAACAGUUUGAGACUCUUUGUUCCAGUUUAUGCAUUGCGAGCGAAGAAAAAUGUGAUGAUUUAAGCAUUGGUUCAGAAGAAGAAUCAUACUGCACUGGAACUGUUAACCAUUGAUAUCUUUCCAAUUGUACUCCUGGAAUUUCUCCAGCACUUUGUUUUUAUUAUAUUUGAAACAAUUGUUACAUCCUCACUCCAAACAAAAAUAAA